AUGGGAAUUCCUAAGUUUGGCUACGCCUGCGUUUUAAUAUCCAUGGUUAUGUCCCCUGUAGUUGUAUUCAUGCCUCUGUGCAGUGACAAGACAGUGGAUUUUAUUGAAAAAUACACCCCUGGUCAGACAUUAGAGGGAGUCCUACGCAAAUGGUUGGUAGGCAGCCUAUCGCCCAAUUGUGAUCCGAACAAUCCCGAGCACCUUUGGGCUCAGGUUGGACUGUAUAUCGCCCUUCUCCUUUCUCAUCUUUUUCUAAAUAGACAUGUGUGGAAUUCUCUUGGAAAAACUGCCAUACCCUCCUUGAAAUGGAUAUUCAUCCAGCCUCUGUACUGCGGUAUUCUCCUAGAGCAGUCAUUCAUGUUUCGCAGACGACUGCCAGAAGAUGUUGAUGUUGAUGGGAACGAUGUGGAUGCUGUCGAGGAUGUUGCACACAUCCCUCCUAAGGAAGAUUCAGGAAAAAGUAUAUCAAAGAAACCAAUGGUAUACGCUUGUGGUACCAUGUGGCAUGAAUCCGAGACUGAAAUGAGACAAAUGCUUGCCAGCAUUAUAAGACAAGAUGUUCAUCAUAAAGUCGUGGAAAUUAUGAAGAGAAUGAAUAACUCUACGCCCAAAACAAAUUCUGCGACACCGAAAAACAGCUCUCCGGAGACACGAACGCCUGAAUCUGUACAUGUAUCGGGGGAAAACGAUGCCCCAUCAACUUCCUAUGAAGUUACGGUGAUGCCGUAUGGUGGGAGAAUUAAAAUAAAAAUGAAAGAAACAUUCUUGUAUGUCCAUUUAAAGGACAGAAAGGCAAUUCGAGACAAAAAAAGAUGGAGCCAGGUGAUGUACAUGUACUAUCUCCUGCAGUAUAACACAAACCCUGAAAAUCCAUCAAAAAAACACGAUGAAAAUGACUUGGACAACGUGUAUUUGCUGGCUAUGGACGGAGAUGUUGAUUUUCAUGCAGAUGCCUUGACCAGCUUGGUGAAAGAGAUGGCGUCAGACAAGAAACUGGGAGCUGCCUGUGGACGAAUCCAUCCAAUCGGCAGCGGACCUAUGGUCUGGUACCAGAAAUUCGAGUACGCCAUUGGCCACUGGUUACAGAAGAGCGCGGAACAUGUUCUUGGAUGCGUUCUGUGCAGUCCUGGCUGCUUUAGUUUGUUUCGCGGAAAGGCAGUGAAGGAAGUGCUAGACAUUUACUCCGAUCGACCAAAAAAAGCAAUCGACUAUCUACAGUUUGAUCAAGGAGAAGAUCGUUGGUUGUGUACCCUGUUGCUUCAAAACGGCCGGAGCAUCAAAUAUUGUGCCGCCGCUGACGCAAAGACGUAUGCUCCAGAAACAUUUUCCGAGUUCUACAACCAACGGCGUCGGUGGAGUGUGUCAACCGUUGCCAACUUGUACGACUUGAUAUCUAACGGCUGGGAAACCUCCACCAUAAACGAUAACAUAUCGUUUGGUUUUAUCGUGUACCAAGCUCUUCUGCUGGUAUCAUCUUUGCUUGGUCCUGCCACAGUUCUAAUGGCCAUAACAACGUCCAUUACGACCCUGUUUAUAGCAGACCUGAGCAAUAACAUAACAGGUUCACUUAUUGCCAACGGAAUUAUCAUCCUCCCAAUUGUGAUGUACAUGUACUAUCUCCUGCAGUAUAACACAAACCCUGAAAAUCCAUCAAAAAAACACGAUGAAAAUGACUUGGACAACGUGUAUUUGCUGGCUAUGGACGGAGAUGUUGAUUUUCAUGCAGAUGCCUUGACCAGCUUGGUGAAAGAGAUGGCGUCAGACAAGAAACUGGGAGCUGCCUGUGGACGAAUCCAUCCAAUCGGCACCGGACCUAUGGUCUGGUACCAGAAAUUCGAGUACGCCAUUGGCCACUGGUUACAGAAGAGCGCGGAACAUGUUCUUGGAUGCGUUCUGUGCAGUCCUGGCUGCUUUAGUUUGUUUCGCGGAAAGGCAGUGAAGGAAGUAUUAGACAUUUACUCCGAUCGACCCAAAAAAGCAAUCGACUAUCUACAGUUUGAUCAAG